AGCUGCCGCUCACAGUCAGGAUGAUGGGAAUUGAAUGUUCAAGCUAGAAAUCUCUCUUGGGGUUCCCCCUAAGGGGUUCAAUCCAAACUGCAGGGACUGAGACACGGGGUGCGAACUGGACACUAAUUCAUUCCAUCUGGUGCAAUUCCAGACAUCUCCUGAGAAGGAAAGAGUGCAGCUCUUGGCAUCAAUUGGCUAAUUCAAUUUAAUUCUACAGCAUUAACCUCUGUCAGAAUAUUCAUGAGCAUCAGAAUGAGAAGCAGUGGCAGAAGCAGACAGAAUCUACUUGGAGAAAAGCAGCAUGCGAGUGAACAAGGUCCCUGCAACGAACUACCACAGAAUAUCGAUCUGUAGCCUUCCCAUUCAGCCCCUUUCUUUGAAUACUUAGGAGGGAGACAGAAGACUAUUUGCAGGGAAGCCUGCAGAGACGCGUAUGACAUCUGUAUGAAGACUGUUUAAGGUUCAUAUCAAGUCAGUGUGCUGGGAGAAAAAGUGGAUUACGAUCCUGAGGUUCUUUUCAAGGGGAAGUAAACAGAAAGAGUGUACCCCAUACCGGCCAAAAAGGACCUUCUUCAGUCUUCCAGGGAGAGAAUUUGUUUCUGUGACUGCCUUUGCCCCGAAGCUACAGCUGCUUGCAUGCUUCAAGUCCGCUAUUCCAGACAGUUAACAAGGAGACAUACAGGAGUGCACUGCUUGAGGCUUUUUUACGGAAAUAGCUGUUACUAUCUGAACUAUCCAGAGUAGAAAGGACCUAGCUGCAAGACAGGAUUCAGCAUCUGGACAGUAGUCAAAGGUAUCUGUCGUCUCAGCUACAGUUCCAACAAAGCCAAUAGCAAGAUCAAACAUCUUUCAACGUUUCUUCAGUUUAUUUAGCAUUGAGUACCGUGAUUAAGUAUUUCAUCAGCAGGGAAAAUAAAGAUUCAUUGAAAACAUUGGACAGAAUGAGCUGGAAAAGGAGCUAUCACAGACAUUGCACACUUGUAUACUACAUGGUGCUAUUGGACCUGACAAACGCUGUAUUUGAAUUUUCACAUCCACUUAUCAGAGAUUCUGGCAACUCGCAGAGCAGACAGUUGUCUCAUCACCGACUGAAGAGAAGCUGGGUAUGGAACCAGUUUUUUGUUCUGGAAGAGUACACAGGGACAGAACCUCUGUAUGUCGGCAAGCUUCAUUCGGAUAUGGACAAAGGAGAAGGAUUAAUCAAAUACAUCCUUUCAGGAGAUGGAGCAGGAACUAUGUUUACAAUUGAGGACGCCACAGGUGAUAUUCAUGCAAUUCAAAGACUGGAUCGAGAGGAACGAGCUCAGUACACCCUAAGAGCACAGGCUCUGGACAGAAGGACUAGCAGGGCCAUGGAACCAGAAUCAGAGUUCAUAAUCAAGAUUCAGGAUAUAAAUGACAAUGAACCCAAGUUCCUAGAUGGUCCAUAUACUGCUUCAGUGCCAGAAAUGUCACCAGUGGGUACCUCUAUUAUCCAGGUGUCAGCAACAGAUGCAGACGAUCCUACUUAUGGAAGCAGCGCGAGGGUUGUCUACAGCAUUUCGCAAGGACAGCCAUAUUUCUCUGUGGAUUCUAAAACAGGUAUAAUUAGAACAGCUUUAACAAACAUGGACAGAGAAUCAAGAGAAUACUAUGAAGUGAUUAUCCAAGCCAAAGAUAUGGGUGGACAGCUAGGGGGCUUGGCUGGAACCACCACAGUCAAUAUUACUCUAAGUGAUGUGAAUGAUAAUCCUCCCAGAUUCCCUCAGAAACACUAUCAAAUGACCGUCUUGGAGUCUUUGCCAAUCAAUUCCACUGUUGGCAGAGUUCUGGCUAUGGACCUUGAUGAAGGAGCCAAUGCGGAAAUGAAGUACAGCAUUAUCGAUGGGGAUGGAUUUGAAGUCUUUGAUAUUGUUACAGAUCCCAGUAACCAAGUUGGAGUUAUUACAGUUAAAAAACCACUGGAUUUUGAAACAAAGAAAAGCUAUACACUGAAAAUUGAAGGCUCAAACCCUUACCUGGAAAUACGUUUUCUGAACCUCGGUCCAUUCCGUGACACCACUUCUGUGCAUAUUACUGUGGAAGAUGUAGAUGAACCUCCGCUAUUUGAGUCCAGUUUUUAUUUUGUGGAAGUCUCUGAGAAUGUGGAUAUCGGCACAACAAUACAGAUUGUUUCUGCAAAAGAUCCAGAUGCAACUAACAACUCAGUUAGGUACUCUAUCGACAGAAACAGCGAUCCAGGCAGAUAUUUUUAUGUAGAUGUCACCACUGGAGCAUUGAUGACCGCCAGGCCUUUGGACAGGGAAGAAGUGUCAUGGCACAAUAUAACUAUUUUAGCCAUAGAAAUUAAUAACCCUACUCAGAUAGGCGGUGUGCCAGUUACAAUAAAAGUCCUGGAUGUUAAUGACAAUGCUCCUACAUUCACUACGUUUUAUGAAACUUUAAUGUGCGAAAAUGCUAAGGCUGAUCAGCUGAUUCAGACCGUUAGUGCAGUAGACCAAGAUGACCCACAAGAGGGUCAACACAUAUCCUACAGCUUGGCUCCGGACGCAGCUAACAAUCCAAAUUUCACUUUACGUGACAACCAAGACAACACUGCUUGGAUUUUAACCAGAAGAUCAGGCUUCAAACAAUCUGAACAGAGCACUUUUUACCUUCCACUCCUGAUAUCAGAUAAUGGACAUCCCAGGCUGAGCAGCACUGGCACACUAACUAUCCAAGUGUGCAGCUGUGAUGAAGAUGGAGAUAUAAUGUCGUGCAAUGCAGAACCAUAUACGUUGCCCAUCAGUCUAAGCAGAGGAGCACUUAUAGCGAUCCUGGCCUGCAUUCUUGUCCUAUUAGUCCUAGUCUUACUUAUCCUGUCCAUGAGGAGGCACAGAAAGCAGCCGUACACUAUUGAUGAAGAGGAUAAUGUCCAUGAGAACAUUGUUAGGUAUGAUGAUGAAGGUGGUGGAGAAGAAGACACCGAGGCAUUUGAUAUUGCAGCUUUGUGGAAUCCAAGAGAAACCCACGUGGGAAAAACUAGACAAGACAUGAAACCUGAAAUUGAGAGCUUGUCCCGUUAUGUGACUCAGACGUGUAGAAUGGACAAUAAUGUUCACAGCUACAUGUUGGCUAAACUUUACGAAGCUGAUACAGAUGUCUGUGCUCCUCCCUUUGACUCUCUCCAGACAUAUAUGUUUGAAGGUGAGGGAUCUGUGGCCCAGUCUUUAAGCUCAUUGCAGUCAUUAAGUACAGACUCAGAGCAGAGCUAUGACUAUCUUACUGACUGGGGUCCUCGGUUUAAAAAACUUGCAGAAAUGUAUGGCACCAAGGAUAACAAUGGCUCUUUGUGAUAGACCAAGGGAAACUGAGACUCUUUAUGCAAGGCACUAAGUCAACCCAACUAUUUUCAGUAAUGAUUAAACUGAAGAAGGCAGCUGUGAAGAAUUGGUUGAAAUGGGAAAUACAUCUGAAACGUUUAAGAAUGAAUAGACAAUGAUAAGGAUAUUAAAUAUAGCAAGAAAAAGACAAAAACAUCUCUUGGCUUUUGAGAAGGUGGUGAAGAUAACAAGCUAUAUGGCCUAUAUAUUUUUUACAGCACUGACAUCUGUGUAUCUUUAUCAAAGAGACAAAAGUUUCUUUUACAUGUGAAAAUGGGAUUCCAGAUCACUAAAAUGAAAUAACUUUUGUCAUAAUAAGUUAUUGAUACCACAUUCCUUUGUAGGGAAACGUAUAAGACUGUGUUUGAACUACUCCCAUGAUCAUCAGGAGGACUCUAAUGGAUUAUAACAAAUUAUUAAGGAUUCCUGGGGGGAAGGGGCAAGGGGUUACCAUUCACUUUAAUAUCAAAUAAAGAAAGAUAAUAUCAGAAGGUUUUUUUUUAAAUAUAUAUAUAUAUGUACAUGUACAUGUUUUAUUUCUGCUAUAAUAGGGUGGCACUUCUUGAAAUAAAAAAUGAGUGUUGGUAAUUUUAAUGUGCCAAAUGCAAAGAACUGCUAGAUAUGGAAGCCAAAUAAAUAAUUUAAAGGGAUACUGUCAUGGGAAAAAUUUUUUUUUUCAAAACACAUCAGUUAAUAGUGCUGCUCCAGCAGAAUUCUGCACU